AACACAUCGCUUAUCAAUCCCCAGCAAACUGCUUUCGGUUUCGCGCAGCUCCCAUCUCUAAACAAAACUACAUGAUAGCACCAGGAAAUUGAUUAGUGCAACAUGGCGCUGCUGGACGUGUGCGGCUACAGAGACGGGGACAGGAGCGCGGGUCCUUUCGGGACCAGGGGGACAGUCAUGGACAGGUCCAGCCAUUUCUCCUUUGGGAUGAAAACGGCAGAAUUCGCGGUGCCGGUAGGAGUUGAUCCUCAAGCAUUCCUCAGCCCCUACACUGCAGGGGAAGGAGACGUGAGGAUCCAUCUGAACCACGGCACCACCACCCUGGCCUUUAAAUUCCAGCAUGGGGUUGUGGUGGCAGUGGAUUCCAGAGCCUCUGCUGGGGACUACAUUGCUUCCAAGGAUGCGAAUAAAGUGAUUGAGAUUAACCCGUACCUGCUGGGGACCAUGUCAGGAAGUGCAGCUGACUGCCAGUACUGGGAGAGACUGCUGGCAAAAGAGUGCAGGCUGUUCAAACUGCGAAACAAAGAGCGCAUCUCAGUGUGCGCCGCCUCGAAACUGCUUUCCAACAUGAUGUGUGAAUACAGAGGGAUGGGGCUGUCCAUGGGAAGCAUGAUCUGUGGCUGGGACAAACAGGGCCCAGGGCUGUACUAUGUGGAUGACAAUGGGACCAGGCUCUCUGGACAGCUGUUUUCUACUGGCUGUGGCAGCAGUUACGCCUAUGGAGUUGUAGACAGCGGCUACAGAUACGAUCUGUCCGUGGAGGAGGCGUAUGAUCUGGGCCGGCGUGCGAUCGCACACGCCACCCACAGAGACGCUUACUCUGGAGGGGUGGUCAACUUGUAUCACAUGCGUCAAGAUGGAUGGAUCAAAAUCUGCAAAGACGAUGUUGCUGAGCUUAUUCACCAAUAUGCAUUAGAAAACAAGUGACACAGCAGCACUGCUACAAGCAAUACAAGAUCACACACGUUUUAUUAAUGGAUCUCUAACAGUGUCUUCAGCUGCUCAGCUGUGCACAAUACAUGCCUUCAAAUAAAGGAUCUCUGGUGUUAAACUCUCAAA